CCAAGGGCCGCCAUCUUGGACCGAAGAAGAGGCAACGGCGCGUAAUUUUGAUGUAACGAAGAUUCAAAGUCGUAUUCUGUAUUGGGGUUUUUCUUCCUCGUCGCUACGUCUGCCUUGGUUACAAUAAGCGCAGUCCAUGGACUCAUCACUUCAGCAUGAGUUGGACGAGACGACCCCCAGGACAUCCCUGCGGCAACAGCUCAAAGUCCUCCCACCACAGGAGACACCUGUUGUCCUCAAGGAGGGACGCCGGGAGAGGCAGACCAAAAGGAAGGAUGCUGCCUCCCCUUCAGAAGUUUCCCCUAAGCGGGCUAAAGGUAAUACCGAGGCCACAAACCUGCACACGCAGGUCCUUCGCCAACGACUGCAGCUCUCCAGGCGGUCACUGGACCAAUCCCUCAAUGUGAGCAAUAUCAAAGGAGCCAACCAGACCUAUGCAGACCUCAGCAUUUCAGACAGUGGAGACUCCUUCAUCAAUGAGAGCAUUGAUCUGGAAACAGCUGCCAGGUUCCGCAAGAAGAGAACCAGAGCCCUGGAGUCAGCAUCUCAGCCAGAGUUGCCAUCUGAUGCCCUUAUGAAGAAGACCAGUUCUACAAAUCAGUCGCGCAGGAGUCUUAGGUCAAGCACAAGCUUAGCCAGUCAGACAUAUGCUGACCUGAGUCUCACAGCCAAUAGUGAUGAGUCUUCUCUGAGUGAGAGCAUUAACCUAGAGAAAGCCACCCGGUUCCGUAAGAAGAGAAGCAAGCCUCUGGAGUCUGCAUCCCAGCCAGAAUUGUCCUCCAAUGUUGUUGCCAAGAAGCCUGCCACAGGAAAGAAGGCAGGAGGGAAGAUGGAGUCAAGUGUUUUCCUCCAUAGUGAUAAAACUUAUGGGGACAUUAGUGAUAGCCUACUAGAGUCUUCCAAUGACAGCAUCAACCUUGAAGCUGCUAGGAAAAUGCGCCACCCUAGCAGGAGAGAGAAGGUGGUCCUCUCCCAGCCUGACCCAAAUUUACCCCCCCUCAUAACACCAAAGAAGGGAAAAAGCUCUUCGUAUAAAAAUAAGUCACCCAAAUGGAAGUCACCAGAAGGUUUUGCCUCCCCCGAAGGGAAAGGAAAAGAAAAAAUGCCAGAUUCACCUGUAGCAAUACCAUCAAGCCAGCCAGCUUCCCACCUAGACAAUACCUACGACAUAGACAAUGCUGAUGAGAGCCUAGAAAAUGUAAAGGCGGCAACUAGGCGGAGGUUUGGGCGUAAAGCACCACCUGUGGAGUUAAAUUUGACUGAACUCAUGAAGAAUUUGAAGAAGUCACAAUUGGAGACAGUAGAGGAUGAGGUUGAGGAGAAAGAGAGGGAAGAGAAACAGCCUUCAGAAACUGAGAGCACAGCUUUACAAGAAGAGGAAGACACGGAGGAUGAGGCUAGCCAUAUAAUGCUUACUUUGGAUUCAAGUAGUGAGAAAAGUAAUGAUGAGCAGGAUAGUCAAGCCUCUCAGGCUAUCAGAGUGAUCCCAGAAACCCAGGAUGAUGAUGCUAUUCUAAUUCCCGAGACCCAGGAGUCAGUGAGGGAGGGCCAGGGAGUUGAUACGCCUAACAGUUAUUCAUCUAACACUGAGGACUUGCUUGAGGACCUGGCAGAGGGAGGGGUGACAUCCAUCCCAGAAACACAAGAGAGUAAUGCCAGUGCUGAGGCUCAUUCCACAACCAAGGAACUAAUUGAGAAAGACGAAGAAUACCCUGACCAGCUGUCUCCCCCACUAAGCUUCCGUGACAUAGAUGAGGAGCACCAAAACAAUGAGGCAUCAGAAAUUGGUCAUACAAGCUUUAGUCUUGAUAGUGAUGAUGACAAAGAUAAGGAAGUAGAGAGUAACAUAUCUGCCGCCAUCUCUACUCUAGAAGGAUCUCCUGAUCGUAAUAGGAGUUCUGCUGGGGUCUCAGAUACAGCUUCAUCUCCACUGCGGAAAAGCAUGAGAAUGCAAGCGGAUAAGAUAGAUUCUCCUCAGAAAUCUAUAGAAACAGAGGCCAGAUUGUCUGAGACGAGCUUGGAAUCUCAAGGUCAGACUGAGAGCAAAAAGAAUGAGCCCGGGGCUCAUUCUUUCGUUGGGGAGACUGUAGGGGAUCGUUCUUUACCAAAGAGUGGAAGGAAAAGUUUACCUGCUUCAUUUCCAGGGAGACUCGCAGGGAUGGGCUUGGAUAGUAAAAGUCCGAGGAAAAGCGUUGGGAUGCUCUCUUUGAAAGACAGUUUAGAUAAAGAUUUGCAAAGUGACAGUCCAUGGAAAAAUUUUGAGAUGAAAAAUGCUCAGGUGAAACUAACAAGACUAGAUGAAAGCCAGACCACAAAUCUCUCACCAGAUGGAUUAUCUAGUCCCAAAACUCAGUCCCCUUCAGAGCACAUGAUGAGGAGAACCCCUCGAAAGAAGAGCAAGGAGUUGCCACCUCCAGGCUCCCCUCAGCCAAACGAUGCUACCUCCAGUGAGGAAAAAGUAUUUGAAGAAGGGAGAUCAAAGAUGGCUGCUCAAAGGGCUAAGAUGCACACAGUCACCAUUGAAGCUGAAGUCCACCCAGAAGAGGCCAUUAAAGCAGCUACAAGAGCCUCUCCGAGGAUAUUACCUGUUGUAGAUUCACAUGAAGAGCAGGAGUCCGUAGGAAGCAUCAGUGAAGAACUUCAGGAGGGCUUGGCAAGUCCCAAGUCAAAGGCAAAGAGUAGAUCACCAGAACUAAUUCAGAAUACUGAUGCAGGGGAUGUUCCUGCAGAGGCAGACGUUGAAGAGUUAGACGGGGCUACAUCCAUUGCAGACAGCAACAGCAGAGAAGGUGAUGACCCCAUGAUAUUAGAGAAUGAUCCAAAAGAGCUAGAAAGUGAGGAGACUAGACUGGCUUCACCCCAAAGAGAAAAGACUGAGGCAGAGACAAUAAGAGAGAUGUCUAGUCAAAGCACAGCCAACAGAAGGGAAGAGGCAACAGAGGCAGCUGCUUCUGAUGACACUGUAGAAGAACUGAUAGGAAAGGAGGGUCAGACUCAAAAGGGAUAUGUGAAAGAAAUUGUGGCAACAUCAGAUCUCGCCCCAGCAGCAACAGCAAGCCAGACAGAUGAGAGUGAUGAAGAAGAAGAAUUCCUGUUGCCAACACUUCUCAGAAGAAAAAGUGUGAUGCCAGAAGUGGAAGCAAAGAUGGCAGAUGAGAGUUUAGAUGCAUCUAAUGAUAUUGAAGAAUAUGGGGAGGUUUCCUUAAUGGAGCAAGAUCUAGAUGACUCCCAGGCUGCUAUGAACAAGCAGGUGCAGAGGACAUCAAUGGCUAAUGAGAGCACAUCCAGCACCCGCAAGGCCACACAAGCCAGCGUUGCCUCUAACCCAAAGCAGAUGACAAUGAAGGAGUUCUUGCAGAAGUUGGCAGAAAAGCCAAUGCAGGCUCCAGUCCCCACUAGACAAGAAGGUCCACGUCUGGCUUCUCUUCUGAAGUAUAACAAGCCUCCGACACCCAGGAAAGUUGGCCUCAGACGCCCCAAGGCUGAAAAGAACACAAAGAAGGAGCUCCCAAAGAGACUCUCCAAAGCUGCAACUAGAGAACUGUUCUCACACUUUGCUAAAUGCAGGCUCACUCCUGAUGGCUUGGACCAGCUGCUAAGGGUGAGUGAAGAGUAUUGGAAGAACUGUUGCUCAGACCUCGCCAACUUUGUGGCAGCAAGAGGGGGAGUAAAAGAAGUACAGGCCAAGGAUGUAAAGAAAUUGAUGAAACGUCAGGGGCUUGUGUCUUCAGAGGAGGACUUACAGGUCUUAGUUCAGAAGUACCUUCCUGCUGAGGAGUGGAACCACCUUAUCCCAACAGCAUAUGCAAAGGGGAACAUAUACCCACUCCCCCCUGAUUCAUAGGUGGGACAUUUACUUAAAAGAAACUGCCUCAGACACAAGAAGUACCUGAAAUCGAGCAAAACAGUGUGAUUAUAUCUUGCAAGAAAUUAGAAAACAAAGUAAAAUUAAUUGCUCCCAUGUAACUUAAGUUUUGAAGCACAUAGUCAACAUAGGAUAUUAAAGCUUCUGAAAAAAAAAAAUGCUAAUAGAUAUAGAAAUCUACAAGUUGAUGGGCACAAACUAGCAUCACAAAGAAGCUUAUGUAACUUUAACCCAAUCACCAUGGAUUUAUGUUCUGUCCCCUGUAGUUUUUGUGAAUUUUGUUAUAUACAGAUGGCUCCAAGUGCUCAGCAAGGAGUCUGUUAGUACGCCCUAGUGACUGAUCCUGAUUUCCCCAUUCCUUGAAUUGGCAGGAAAAGGUGUUUUUCUCUUAAUACAAUAGAUAUCAACACUGUUAGUAUUGUUACUGAUGUUAUGAUUAUUAAAUUGUUAAUAUAGUCUUAGUAACAUGUAAAACUAUGAAUUUAUACAAAAUACCUUUUCCAAAAGACCAGGAAAAGGAUAAGCAGGAGAGAUAGGUAGGACUAAUAACUGGCUCCUUGGUGAAUGGGCACUUAUGGAGCCAUCUAUGUGUAAAUACAAUAAAUAAACUUAUCUUACAGUGGGCAUGGCAUGUAUUCUUGCCAUCCAUGUUGAUUGGUUAAGGACUUCAGAGAUGUAUGGAUCCUGGUUCAGAAGUUACUUCCACCAAGUAGUGAAACUACCUAUUUAAAUCUUGCAAGAAAUCAGAAAAUAAAGGGAAUAGUCACAUAUUUUAAGGUCACAUAUUGUUAUUGCAAAAAAAAAGUGUCUAAAUCUUGGAUGGAGAGAGAAAAUAAGGUUAAAUGAACUGGUAACAGAUAAUUUAAGUUUUUAACAUAAAGUCAAUAUAAGGUAGCAAAGCUUAAAACUGAUACAGUUGAAAAACUAAUGACUAGUUAGGUAUCAAAUAAACAAAGAUAAUAGGCACAAAGUAGUUUUAAAAUUAUUCUUUCCCUGGAGAAGAAAAAGAGAGUUUUGCUUCAACAAAGGCUAAUUACUGUAACUUUUAAAGGAAAUAGAGAUUUUUUAUAUAUAUAUUUUUGAUACCUGCAUUGAUUCAAACUAUUGUCUUCAGUGUAUCUCAGAUAGAUCCAUUAGUUAUUUCCAUAAGCAAUGUGGCACACUCAUCAAUGAAACCUUGUAUUGCAUGUAUCACCCACAAAAAUAAUUUUAAUACUCGGAUAAAUGUUACAUUGCCAAUGUAUAAUUUCAUUUAAAAGGGAACAAAUUCACUUCUCUUAUGUGUACAGUGUCUGUAGUAUUUCCCCUAGUAUUUGUUCUUAUUACUGAAUUGUCUUAUUUAAAAAGAAUGUUGCAAAGGUGCUAUCCAGAUUAUGGAAGUUCCUACUUUAUAUAGAUGUAUAUAGAGGAAAUAACUUACUUGAGUAUAUUUUCAUUAUUGUUUUUAUUAAUACAUUCCAAGAUUCUAGAGCUUUAUUGAAUAUCCAUCUUGGUAAUGGUUUACUUGGAAACUUUUUCUCUGUAAAAUUACAACUAUCAUUUCCUUUUUUCCCCUUUCUUGCUCUUCCCUUUUGUUUUUAUGCUUUAUCUGUUAGCUGUAACUGUGUGAUGGCACAGAAAAGAAUAAGUUUGAUACUGCUGUAUUAAGUUCACAGAUCCUUAUCAUUCUUAUUAAAUUUUCAUUUUAUUAUAUUUUUUGUUCAUUGUACAUAGCUUAUUAUAAUGGUAUCAUUAUAUAUGUUUUACUGUUAAGAUAUUUUCUUUGGAUCAUUUGAACAAAUACCAAGUAUUUUGUCACUUACAGAAUAUUUUUUAAGCAAAAUAAAGUCAUUCUUUACAC